AUGACCAGCAUCAGCAAAUUAACGGCAGCACUCUUUGCUGGCUCUCAAGAGACGACAUUGGCGCUCGCAAACCUCAAUUUCGACUUCUCCCUUGUAAAAUUCGAAGCCCCCAUAGAAUACCAUGGCGUGGGAAAGUCUCUCACGAGACAGCGGCUUGAGGCAGCUGAGAGCGGAUCGUCCCAUAUCACAGCGCGAAAACUGGGUGCUUUGUUUGAGCACAUGAUUCCUAACACUCCUCGACUCUUUGAAGCUUAUGGCACGCGGGCAUCAGCGAUAGCCAGUCAGCCAUCUUCGGGCACAACCCAGCCUAAACAGGGAGGCAUCUUUUCGAGCUUUGUAGGAGCUGAUGGAACCUCCAUUUGGGCCGCGGCUACCUCGGGAAGAGGAGCAAUCUCCGUGCACCUCCUCGCUUGCAUGCUUGCCCGUAUAUGGACGGGACCAGAAGCUACCUCUAUCUGGUCCGAAAUCGUCCAAGCAAGAAAGAAUGAGCUUCAGCUCUCGGACCAGGGAGAGGCCUUCUCGUACGCCACUACUCUUGCCGGAAAUGUUGCAUUGACACGAGACCAGCUUGCAGAGUGGGAUAACAGUGCUAGAGCUUGGCUACGACAUGCUGAUCGAAUUCGAUCGAGGCAGCAGACCCAGGUAAUGCUCAUCUUAAGCAAUUUAAUGGGCCUCUCUGUUAGCUCCAUGCCUUCAACAUACCGGAGCGUCAUCGAUGCGUGGGUGACAGCUCUCCAGGGUAUGGAGAACCUAGUUAAGGGUACCUCCCAAGGAGCUUCAAGUGGAGGGCUCUUACUCGCACUUUCGUCCUGGCACCUCUAUCCUGACAUGAUUGCCCUUGGUAAUACGCCUGUCGUUCAGGAAGACCCACUGUUUAGCCGAGGAACCGCUUUGACUCUUAAUUUACAUGGAAAUCCCUCAAAACAGCCAUCUGGAGUCUAUUGGUCGCUGUCCCUUUCACACAUGCGUUACUACGGAGCGCCCAUCCACGCUGAAGGUACGUAUGCAACGGAGUCAUCUCGGAUCUCGUUCGACAAUCUCCUGCAAGUUGUCCUGGGCUCGAUUUGCAAUUCUUGGGGCUUUGAUGGUUCGGAUCCAGUCGCUGUUGCACAAUUGAUCCGCUCUGUACGCUUGAAACGCCAUGUCAGCAAGACAAUCUGUCCUGCGUGGAUCCACAUGCUUGCCGACGCCUCUGAUGCGUUCUUAUCCUCCAAAGGAGAUUCGCGGACGCUCAACCGCAAGUUGAUUGCACUCGGUCGUACGCGAGGCUCAACAAUCUUGGCCGAGACAACGGUCCCGCCAGUCUUUGGAUUGACGAAUAUAGAAAGCAUGAUAAGUUUCCUGAAAACGCCUGGGUAUCAACUCAGGCUGCUUCGAGCAUACGCCGCCAGAUCUUUCCCCACGGCCGAUCCGUUCGACGUCAUUCUUCGCUAUCGCGUUCCUGUAGCUUUUCGCGAGGUCCCGCUGCCAGAACAUCCAGAAAAGGCAGGAUUCAGUAUUGAGAGAGUUGAGGUGACGAUUCAGAAAGAAACUAAGUCCCCAAAGUCACGUAAAAAUCGAACACCUGUUCGAGAUCAGUUGAGCUCAAGGCUCGGACCUACUCCUGCGGGGGUUGGGUCUCGCCGGUCACCAUCCAGAAACAGGAGAUCUCCAAUGAGCUUGGGCGGAUCUAACCUGGCUCAGCAGAGUGAAGAAACUGAUAUGCAACAUUCCGGAUUAAAGUUUAAAAGUAAUGAAGAUGCCGUGUCGGAUCUCAACAACUCCAGUAGUUGUGACGAGUCUGCACGGUAUUCCGAGGACCAGAGAGCUGCUUUACAGCAGAAUCUCGAUCCUGGCGACCAGGACAUCAGGGAUGAAGGCUCUGCUGGGGCAUUUGAGGCUCUAGAUGUUGACGUAGUAAUGGGCGAGAGCACUGAGGCUCCUCGGAUUGAGACUCACCUUGUUGACGACGACGAAAAUGUCCCAAGCCAAGACAUACCCACAAAAGGAAAGGGAAUAAUCGAGUAUGCCACAGCGCUCCCGCACAAGCUUUCGCCGCCCUCUUCUGCUUCCGCGCUAUACCGUUGGAUGAAUCCAAGAGAGAGAGUCGAAGGCCUAGGGGAAGAGGAAUUUGCCGAACGCCUGAUCUGCAAAAAGAGGCCUGAGUACUGUAAAAAGCUCGACCAUGCGGAUGAAUGGUGGUCAGUCCCUAACGACAUCUUCCGCCGGUCUGCUAUCGAAGAAGGCCACAUGGUUCGUCCAACAAGAUGGUAUAGAUUCUUUUCGGGUAAUCCAAAGACAGCAGCAAUUUUUGUGGACCAAACCGAAGUCGAAAGAUGUAAGAGAGAGUCAGGAGGCCCUAAUUGGGGCAGGACCCGCCGACCGAUCAAAGAGACUUGCGAUCUGAAAGACUUACAAGCUGCACUGGACGCGGAUGCUAUCGAUAUGGAGGAGAUGAUGGCAGCCAUAGCGAAGGUUGCCAAAGACUCCAAAUAUUUCGAUUCUCUCAAAGCCCUAGCCGCCGCGUACAAGGUCUACAACGGGUUCGAUGGCGCCACGAUCAGCCCCAAUGCCGUUACGAAGCCAAUCUUUGGUGCAAAAUGGGCUCAAUAUGUUAAGGGCGAGACCCAAAGUUGUCUUUCUUCCAUCAGCCUGUUGGAUCGAUUGAACACAUUUGCUUGCAUCGCCUACUUCGAGUCUGACGGCUUGGAUAUGAACCCGUCCCAGUUCACCAAUGUUAUGGCGCUCUCUUCUGGUGACUCCAUAUACGUCGCUGCGUGGCUCAUAUGUGAUCCUGCGGAGCGUCAACCUGCAAAUGCCGUGUGUCGACUUCAUGGCAAUGUUGGCAAGGCAGGGCUCAUUCUCCUGGUACCACCAGCAGACCCUCAGACGCUGGCCCCAGGGAUUGAUAACUGGAAAUUUAUCGACCGAGAAGACUUUGAUGGAACGGUAACGAACGCCUUCACCGGCACAAGUCUCCAUCUCUCUUUCACAGACUGGUGCAUUCCAGUUGAUGUUGGCGAAGCGGGUCGCGGACGUCGAGACGCUGAAGCCUACAUCAUCGAGUCACUCGUCUCGGUGUACGAUCGUGGCAAAUGGAUCGGUGAUCUGGACGUCCUGCAGGCUCUGAGCAAAGGAUGCAAUCAACCGGAUCAUGAGUUCUUCUACAAAUCCUUUUGCAACCACGCUUCUGUGGAAGCCUUUGACCCGAAACAGAGCUUUCCGGCCAUUGUGACAAUCAAGAAUUGGGAUGAAUUCUUGGAGCAUCCGAGAAGCCCGGCUGUGGCGAUGGCACAUGAUAAUUGGGACGCGAAGCUGGCGCUGGCAGUGCUCGGCGUAAGACGAGGCGACCGCGUUUUCGUUAUGGAUCGGAUUUGCGAGACUUGUUUUACAGACGUUAAUCUUGUAGGAGGACCCGAAUGUAUCGCGAAAGCACUCUUCUUGCUGUAA